UUAUGUGAUUCCACCACGAAUGACAUUUCGUUGAAUAAUUUCGUUCGUUUGUUCGUAUUUUGCAACAGUUUUACGAAUACUGAAGAAAUUUCAGAAAUUUAAUUCCUUUUCAAACCAAGUUUUUCCACCAUAUUUUCCUUUUAAUCGCAAAGUGGAAUGAAGCUUUGAAGUUUUCCGGAGAAGAUGUUUAGUUUUGGCAAGAAACCUGUCGCUCCGAAGCGGGACAAAAAGCGCGAUCCAUCCGACCUCGGACUGUUCGGCAUUGGAGACGAUAUCGCGGGUAUCGGUGAUGACGACGAUGAUUUGGGAGAUGACGGGGAUGACGGCGAUUUGGAGGCGGAACUGGCUGCGAUAGCCGCAGGGUCUGGUGCUGGAAGAAAAAGUCGACCGAAGCAAAAGCCGAAAGGCAAUAUUGUGGCACCUGAAGCACUGGAUGCGAUGGUAGCCGCCAGUUUGCGCGACGUUGGUAGUGACGAGGAUCUUUCUGACGGCGAUGACGAUUCUGAUUUAUUGAAUGAACUGGCAGAGAUAGCAGGCGGAAAUGCCGUUGACGAAGAACCAGAUCUAGACAGAGCGUCACCUCCAAAGCGAGCAGCUUCCAGUGGAUCGGCAAUAAAGGACGUGAUCAAAUCUAGGAUCGAAAUGUACACUAUUGCAGAACAGAAUGCUAAAAAAGCAAACGACUCGUCCAAAGCUAGGCGGUUCAAUCGAGGACUGAAAACCCUCAAAGAUUUAUUGAAACAAGCAGAGGCUGGCAAGACGGUGGAUCCCAAUGAUAUACCUCCGGAAGUAAGUGUAAAAUCGACAUCCUCCGAACCAAAACCGGAUCCACCAAAGGAGGAUAAAUCUCCAGAUGUUCCUAUAGUUCCAACCAGAAGGGCUCCUGCCCCUCCUCCUCCCGCAAGUCCUGCGCCAAUCUUUGAAGCAACGUCUGUAGAAAAAGAAUCUGAACCUAAAUCAGAACCCCAGUCUGAUCCGCAAUUAUCAUUGCUGAAUACGAGAAAAAUGCAGUAUAAGACCGCUGCAUUGGAAGCGAAAAAAGCAGGAAAUACAGAAAACGCUAUCCGAUACAUUAAGAUAGUUAAACAGUUUGAUUCGGUUAUUCAAGCUCUUGAAAACGGACAGGAAGUAGACCUUAGUAAAAUGCCACCACCUCCUGCUGAACUCGAUAAAAUGUCUACAGCGACUCCGCCGCCUGUGCCUCCUCGUGCGAAGAAAGAGGAAGAUCAAACACAAAAAGAUGCCGAAGUGCCUAACGUUAGUAACAUUUCUGUUCCGGAAGAGCCUGAUCAGCCCGAUGAAGAAGAAGUUUUGAUCCAAGCUUCCAGUAUUGGUGAAGCCUUGCAGCAAAGGUUGGAAAAGUAUCAAUCCGUAGAAAAGGCGGCCAAAGAUGAAGGGAACGCUUCCAAGGCACGACGCAUCGGGCGAAUUGUUAAACAGUAUCAAGACGCAAUUAAGCUUCACAAGGCUGGGAAACCGAUUCCUAUCGAUGAACUUCCCACUCCGCCGGGUUACGCACCGAUUCCCGUAGAUGAACCCCCGAAAGUAGCUGCGAAACCUGUCCCACCGCCGAGGCCAUCUCCACAGGUGACACCAGUGGUAUCGCCUGUUGCAGUUCCCGUUGCCGGUCCCAGUAAAGUACCGAAGCCACCUCAAACGCAGAACGAAAAACAAAUCGCUUUACUGUUGGAGCGCCAGAAGGAAUUCAGAAAGGCAGCCGUCGAGGCCAAAAAUGCCGGGGAACUCGAAGAAGCUAAGGAAUACCUCCGAGUAUUCAAGGGUUUGGAAAAGUUAAUUGAUACCGCCCGGGGUGGUAUCCCCAUCGAUAUGAGCACCAUCCCGAUAGCGCCAUCGAAGCGAUCUUCGCUGGAGGAUUCCUUUACGGUCGUUGCCGAAGAGGAUUGCACGCCCACGGAUGACGCGGAUGUCGAUCUGAACACUCGACUCGAGGAACAGUUGUCCAAACAGCUGAUCAUGUGCAGGAACACCAGGGAUCAUCACCGAGCGAUGGGCGAUGUGGCGGGUACGAACCGAUUCGAGAACUUAGCCUUGAGCGUUCAGAAGGAUCUGGACUUUGUGAGAUUAGCACACAGGAAGCGACUUCCGGUUCCCAAGUUUCACUACGAAAUGAAACAGUUCAACGUAGUCAAAUGCAACACGGAUUUGAGCGACAACGAAGUGGAAGUCUUGAUAGCUAGGGGAAUCAACUACAACGUUCCAAAUCCAAAGGAAGUGGAUACUUUUGUGAAACUAGAGUUCCCCUAUCCGACGGACGAUCCUUUGAAGGUGAAAACAGGGCUUGUGAGAGAUACGGAUAAUCCGGAAUAUAAUCAUCGACAGAGCAUUGAAAUACAAAGGAGUCUACGAGCGUGUCAGCGGAUAUUCAAAAGACAAUCUCUGAAAUGCGAAGUGUUUUCGAAAGGAUGUUGGGGUGCUGGAUGCUUUCCAUGCUGCAGCUGUGUUUGUCCAUCAUCCAGGUCCAGGUCUAGUAUUUUUUCAUCCUCCUGUUUCAGAGGUUUUCUCCGCUCGGACACGCUCAUCGGGACGGUUACGAUUAAACUGCAGCCACUGGAGGUGCAAUGCGAGAUUCAUGAUUCAUUCCCGCUGAUGGACGGUCGUAAAACAGUCGGCGGCAAGUUGGAAGUGAAGAUACGUGUUCGGAAUCCGAUUCUAACCAAACAGAUCGAGCAGAUAAACGAAAAGUGGCUGAUUAUCGAUGCAUGAGUUCAGUAACCACCAGCACGGAGAACAGACAUCGAAGUUAGGAUAAUUUUCGGUAGCAGCAUGUUUGCAAUCCUUGGCGGUGACGAUAACUAUUUUACGAUCACCAUUAACCAUCGACAUAGUAAUUGAGUGAUGCCAGCACUUUCAACACUUUUUAAAUUCGAUUAGAACGUCUGUGCUCUGUGCCAUCAGGACCUCAACACAGCCAGAGCCGCUUACCACAAUAGGAUGCAUUUGCUAUGCUGCGGUGCGACAGCUUUGGUUGUUAUCGAACUGCUAAGCUACGAACGAUGUGAGAUUUACUAGGGAAAAUCGGAAAAAAUGGGAAUGGAAUCUAAACAAUCGGUACUACUUAUAUAACCACUAUUACAAGAUCUGUGUGAUUCAGCAGGACAUUGGACGGUAAGGGUACCACAAGACCAUCGAAACUGCGUGAUUGAAACAAUCGAUAUGGUAGCAAAAAUACGCUUUAAUCUUUUGUUGUAUGUUGAAGAACGGACUGUUAGUUGCGGUAUGUUUACGUGAAUGGACCACUUUACAUCGUAAAGUGUACCUUUGAUAUGAAUAAAAGUGCUUAAAUUAAAAACAA